AAGCGGGUGUGGUGUGGAAAUAGAAGGUCGCUAACAGACAAGAGUUCCAUUUCCCGGCAAGCGUGCAAUCCCCAAACGCUUCGAAUUAUCACCACUUGAAAUUUGUAGAGAGAGAAAGAAUAGAGAGAGAAUGGGAGCAGUGAAGAUCUGGAACGCCAUGGAAGUCGCAGAGGAAGCUCAAGAGAACGGCAGCUCUGAAAUCCUUUCUUCUUCUCUCACCGUGGAUCACACUCUCUCUCUUCCCCAAAUGACACCUCCAAUCAUAGAACUCUGUAAGGAUCUGUUCAAGAAAUGGUCAGAAUUGGAUAAUUCACACUUCUCUGUCGAGACUGUUUCUGGUGGCAUCACAAAUCUUUUACUGAAGGUGUCGGUAAGGGAAGAAAAUGGAAACAUAGUAAACAUGACUGUUAGAUUGUAUGGCCCCAAUACCGAAUACGUAAUCAAUCGGGAACGGGAAUUGCAGGCCAUUCGAUACCUUUCAGCUGCAGGAUUUGGUGCCAAGUUGCUCGGAGUUUUUGGAAAUGGCAUGGUGCAAUCAUUUAUAAAUGCACGCACGUUAACUCCACCUGACAUGAGUAAGCCAAAGUUGGCUGCUGAAAUUGCGAAGCAGCUUCGUAAAUUCCAUCAGGUGGAAAUUCCAGGGUCAAAAGAACCUCAGCUUUGGAAUGACGCUUUCAAGUUCUUUCAGAAAGCAUCCACACUUACAUUUCAUGAUAGUGAGAAGCAGAGGAUUUAUGAAACAAUUUCAUUUGAAUCCAUUCAUGCUGAAGUGUUUGAGCUCAAGGAAUUGACAGGCCACCUUGAUGCUCCUGUGGUGUUUGCUCACAAUGACUUGCUUUCUGGAAAUCUGAUGCUCAAUGAUGAAGAGGAGAAACUCUACUUCAUUGAUUUUGAGUAUGGAUCAUACAAUUACAGAGGUUUUGACAUUGGAAAUCACUUCAACGAAUAUGCUGGCUAUGAUUGUGACUACAGCUUAUAUCCUAGUAAAGAAGAGCAGUAUCAUUUCUUCAGGCAUUAUUUGGAUCCUGAAAAAGCACAUGAGGUAUCUGACAAAGAUCUAGAAGCUCUCUAUAUCGAGACAAACACUUACAUGUUGGCUUCACACUUGUAUUGGGCUCUAUGGGCUCUAAUCCAGGCAAAGAUGUCUCCAAUUGAUUUUGAUUACCUUGGUUACUUCUUCCUGAGAUACAAUGAAUACAAAAAGCAGAAGGAGAUGUGCUUCUCGCUGGCACAAUCUUAUCUCUCCAGAUCUCGGGUUGGGUGAAAUUGGCCAUGCUACACAUUACUAGCAUGCUGCUGUAUUCUGUGAAAUUGUAGGGAGAGGUCCAUUUGUGAAGCAUUCUUUUGGGCCAAUUUAGGAGAAAGAAAGCGGAAACAGAUUCGAAGAAAUAGUUGUGACUGCUGGCCGUGAUAUUGCAUUUUGUGAACCUUGUAUUUUGGUCAAUAAUAAAUUUGUAGCUUGUUUUAUUUCUUGGAUAACCUUCAUUUUCUAUUGUUGGAAAGUUUGGAUAAAUAAUUGUGAUUUCAGGAUUACCUGAAAGCAUAUUGUUGUAAUGCAGAACCAGCCAACCUUUUUUUUUUUUUUUUUUUUGUUUUUUCACAUUCAAAAUAUUGUGCCAUGAUGUUCUCCAAUUUA